AAAUUACUGGUUGGAGUUAUGGAAACAAACAUUCAUGGGCAACCAAUCCACGCCGGCAAUUUAAAAAACCCAUUAACUCAUUCUCUUUGGCAUUGGCGUUAGCCAUAAUAAAAAAGACAAUAUAACAGAUACUAAUUGACAGCCUGCUGAUGUUGAGUCCACGACAAGUUAACUAUGCAUGGAUAAAUUUUAGUUCUAUAUUAUAUUAAGAGUGCAUAAUAUAGGUGAAAGUUAAUUAUCCCUUUACGAGUUGGCCACCUCGGCUAAAAGACUUUGGAAAAUGAGGGCCAAAGGUAGCAUUUUCCGAUAUGCAGAUCGCCUGGACAUGUUGCUGAUGCUGUUGGGGACUUUGGGCAGCAUUGGAGAUGGGUUGCAGAACCCUCUGAUGAUGUUCAUUGUAAGUGGUGUGAUAAAUGAUUACGGAAAUGGCAACAAGAACCCUUUGACAAACGAUGUGGUUGACAAGUAUGCUCUCAGGCUGCUCUAUGCUGCAAUUGGAGUUGGACUUUCUGCUUUUGUGGAAGGGCUAUGAUGGGCAAGAACUGCAGAGAGGCAGACUUCUCGGAUGAAAAUGGAGUACCUGAAAGCUGUCCUUAGACAAGACGUUGGUUUCUUUGACACCCAAACUGCUGGCACUUCAACAACCAACCAAGUUGUGACACUCAUCUCCUCGGACGCCAAUUCAAUCCAAGUUGCUUUAUGUGAGAAGAUACCUGACUGUCUUGCUUACAUGUCGACUUUCUUCUUCUGCCACAUAUCUGCCUUCACACUAUCGUGGAGACUUACACCGGCGGCUAUACCACUUUCAGUAACGUUCAUCACUCCAGGACUUGUGUUUGGGAAUAUCAUGACGGGCCUGGCAAUGAAGAUGAUUGAAUCUUAUGGAGUUGCUGGAGGGAUUGCAGAACAAGCUAUUUCUUCAGUAAGAACUGUAUAUUCUUAUGUGGGGGAGAGUCAGACACUAGAAAGAUUCAGCCGUGCACUUCAAACAACUUUGGAAUUUGGAGUAAAACAAGGACGUGUAAAGGGAGUGCUGAUGGGGAGCAUGGGAAUUAUAUAUGUAGGUUGGGGUUUUCAGGCUUGGGUUGGGACUUAUUUGGUUACUCAAAAACAUGAAAUGGGUGGCCAUGUGAUCAUAGCUGGGUUUAAUGUAAUCAUGGAAGGACUGAGUGUUUUGAGUGCGCUCCCUAAUCUAACUGGGAUUACAGAGGCAACAACUGCUGCCUCUUGGAUUUCCGAGAUGAUUGAUCGGGUUCCACCUAUAGACUCUGAAGAUACAAAGGGGAAGGCUUUAUCAUAUGUUAGAGGAGAAAUUGAAUUUUUAAAGACAUAUUUUAAUUAUCCAUCAAGGCCUGAGACGCCAAUCUUACAAGACUUCAAUCACGUUCCAGCACGUAAUAGAGUAGGUCUUGUUGGGGGCAGUGGUUCAGGCAAGUCCACAGUCAUUGCACUGCUUGAAAGAUUUUACGAACCCAUUGAAGGAGAUAUACUCUUUGAUGGCUACAAUAUAAGAAGACUUCAGUUGAAAUGGUUGAGAUCCCAACUGGGUCUAGUAAAUCAGGAACCUGUUCUAUUUGCAACAUCCAUUAAAGAGAAUAUACUAUUUGGGAAAGAAGGAGCUUCAAUGGAUAGUGUCAUAAACGCAGCCAAAGCAGCCAAUGCGCAUGACUUCAUUGUCAAGUUACCAGACGGAUAUGAAACUCAAGUUGGCCAAUUUGGAUUCCUAUUGUCUGGCGGUCAGAAGCAAAGAAUUGCCAUAGCCAGAACUCUACUCAGGGACCCAAAAAUCCUGCUGCUAGAUGAACCCACUAGUGCACUUGAUGUACAGUCUGAAAGGAUAGUGCAGGAGGCAAUUGAUCUGGCGUUCAAAGGGAAGACAACAAUCAUCAUUGCCCAUCGCCUGUCCACGAUCAGGACAGCAAACCUGAUUGUGGUUCUUCAAGCUGGCAAAGUAGUUGAAUCAGGUUCACACAGUGAGCUGAUGCAAAUGAAUGGUGGGCAAGGUGGGGAAUAUUCCAAGAUGGGGCAGUUGCAGCAGGUGGUAAUGCAAAAUGAAGCUUCCAACAUUCCCAGUUCUCCAGUAGAGGGAAGAAGCCACCACAAAAUGAACAUCCCAUCAAGCCCAAUCAGCGUGAGAUCGAGCACUAGUGGCUCUGGAGCAAAGUCUAAAUUCAAAGUCUUGUCCCUUGUUUUCUUAGGCAUUGGUGCUUUCAACUUUUUCUCCAAUAUCAUCCAACACUACAAUUUUGCAGUUAUGGGAGAAAGAUUGACAAAAAGGGUGCGGGAGAAUCUACUCGAGAAAUUAAUGACCUUUGAGAUUGGGUGGUUUGAUCAAGAUGAGAACACAAGUGCAGCCAUUUGUGCAAGGCUAGCGACUGAAGCCAACAUGGUUCGGUCCCUUGUUGGGGACGGAUUUCGGAUUUCACUACUGGUCCAAGCAGUUUCUGCCACCUUUGCUUACAUAAUAGGACUAGUCCUCACAUGGAGGCUAUCACUUGUAAUGAUUGCCGUGCAGCCAUUAGUCAUUGGGAGCCUUUACUCGAGGACUGUCUUGACGAAGAGUAUGUCUGAGAAAGUCCGGAAAGCACAGAAGGAAGUUAGCCAACUAGCAAGUGAAGCAGUCAUUAACCACAGAACUGUAACUGCUUUUUGCUCACAGAAGAGAAUAUUGGGGUUCUUUGGGGCAACCUUAAGAGGUCCUAGGAAGGCAAGUGUUCAACAGUCCUGGGUUUCUGGUUUUGGCCUGUUUAGCUCCCAAUUUUUUAACACAGCAUCGACAGCUUUGGCUUUGUGGUACGGUGGGAGGCUCCAGACGCAAGGACUAAUAGAACCAAAGCAUCUUUUUCAAGCAUUUUUUAUAUUGCUAUUCACUGCUUAUGUUAUUGCUGAAGCUGGGAGUAUGACUAAUGAUCUAUCUAGAGGAAACACUGCCAUUCAAUCAGUUUUUGAUAUCUUUGAUCGGAGAAGUGAGAUUGAUCCGGAGAACACAUCGGGAUUGAACAUUAAAAGAAGAAUAAAAGGACGCGUGGAGCUUAAAAAUGUUUUCUUUGCAUAUCCAGCAAGACCUGAUCAGAUGAUCUUUAAGGGCCUGAGCCUUAAGAUUGAUGCAGGGAAAACAGUGGCGCUAGUGGGGCAGAGCGGUUCCGGAAAAUCUACCAUUAUCGGGCUCAUUGAGAGGUUUUAUGAUCCUUUAAAGGGAUCCGUCUAUAUAGAUGAACAGGAUAUUCAGAAUUAUAAUCUGAGAAUGCUGAGAUCACAUAUUGCAUUAGUCAGUCAGGAGCCAACUCUUUUUGCUGGAACCAUACGCGAAAAUAUAGUCUAUGGGAAGGAGAAUGCUACUGAGUCGGAGAUAAGAAAGGCUGCAGUUCUUGCCAAUGCUCAUGAAUUUAUAAGUGGAAUGAAAGAUGGGUAUGACACAUACUGUGGAGAACGAGGAGCUCAGCUAUCAGGAGGCCAGAAGCAGAGGAUUGCACUAGCUCGUGCAAUACUAAAGAACUCUUCAAUCCUUCUGUUGGAUGAAGCUACCAGUGCACUUGAUAGCAUGUCAGAGAAUCUAGUUCAAGAAGCACUGGAGAAGAUGAUGGUCGGCAGGACAUGUGUUGUUGUUGCUCACCGGCUGUCGACAAUACAGAAAUCCAACUCCAUUGCUGUGAUCAAGAAUGGAAAGGUUGUGGAACAAGGCUCCCAUAAUGAACUCAUUUCCUUCGGUCGUCGUGGAGAAUACCAUUCUCUGAUAAAACUACAAGGCAGCAGCUCCCCUAACCAAUGA